AUGGGGCAAUCGCCAGCAUCCUCGACAAGAUGGGAUAAUCCCAAGUAUCGCAGCCAGGGGGGGGGGGGUGUUGGUGUCCAGUCCAGUCUCCUGGUGUGGUAUGUACUGCUUCUGUCUGGUGCCUCCUACCUUGUGCCCUCUUCUCUUCGUCCAGACUACUGUGAUACCCGCCUACGUGUACAAGCUUUGGAGAUGAGACAUCUAGUCCCAGUGUUCGCGUUCGGUGUGGUGUUGAUCAUAUAA